UGACUCGCCGUUGAGCGCCUUCGUUCUGCUGUGAAGGGACGUAACCGCGCGUCCUGCGGGAGAAACUCCUAAACUUACGCAUCGCGCUGUCAGCGUCGCGUUUUCUCCCGUCCCAGCGCGUCAGAUAAGCGCCGCUCGGCCGCUCGAGCUCGGGGAGAGCCCCGCGAAAGCGAUCGAUUAUGCCGGUCCGUACCGACUGCUGUCAGGGCUCGCCGCUGGCCUGCUUGGCCUCGGCCUCUCUCGUUCCGCCCCCGCCGAUCAAUACCCAGCAGCCCGGCGUCAACACCUCUCUGCUCUACAGCGGCUCCCAGUUCCGCGGGUACCAGAAGAGCAAAGGAAACUCGUACGACGUCGAGGUGGUCCUGCAGCACGUGACCAUGGAGGACUCGUACCUGUGUGGAUACCUCAAGAUCAAAGGUCUGACCGAGGAAUAUCCCACGCUUACUACAUUCUUCGCUGGGGAGAUCAUAAGCAAGAAACGGCCUUUUUUAACCAGGAAAUGGGACGCCGAUGAGGACGUUGACCGAAAGCACUGGGGGAAGUUUCAAGCCUUUUAUCAGUACGCAAAAAGUUUUAAUUCGGAUGAUUUCGACUAUGAGGAGCUAAAGAACAGUGACUACGUUUUCAUGCGGUGGAAGGAGCAGUUCCUAGUUCCAGAUCACACAAUCAAAGACAUCAGCGGUGCUUCCUUCGCAGGCUUCUACUACAUCUGUUUCCAGAAGUCUACAGCCACCAUAGAGGGCUACUACUACCACAGAAGCUCCGAAUGGUAUCAGUCUUUGAACCUCACGCACGUCCCCGAACACAGCGCACCCAUCUACGAGUUCCGGUGACACCGAAGUCCUGGAGGUGAAUCUACAGAGGAAACGGACACGAGAUGAGAGGAACUGUCUUAACG